CCUUUGCUCUACUGGUAUGCAAGUUGGUGUGGAGCUGUUCUUGUGAUAGGACGUGGAUUUUUGUGAGGUGUUUUCCCCUCUCCUUGAGCCUGGGUCUGCUUUGGGCCCUCUUAAAUCUAAUGCUCAUUAUAUGGGAUUCUACACCAAGGCCUGCUUUUGAGUUCAGGAUUACAAACUUUGUGUCUCUGAUUCAAGAUGACCCUCUUGGGCAAGGGGGUCGACUCCUCCCACCACCAAAACGAAGACUGCAACAACAAUAACAACAACAACAACAGCGGCCACAACAGCGGCCACAACGGCCACAGGGUUCUCACCUUGUACGUCAGGGCGGGUUGCGAUAACAAGAAAUAUGGCGCCUGUCCAUUCUGCCAAAGGAUAUUUAUGGUGCUUAUGCUGAAAGCAGCCUCAUGUCCCCUGAAGUUCAAAGUGGCCACUGUCCCCAAAUCUGGCCUUCCCGAUGAAUUCAAAGAGCACGGCAUUCGCAAUCUACCCGCCAUUAUCCAUGGCAAUGAGGCCAUUGACACGGUGGAGGAGAUCAUUGAUUACAUCGAGUCUGAAUUCCCAGAGCCCUGUCUGGAUGUGGACAACCCCGUGGUGGACCGACUGACCCGUAAUUUCUUCUCCAAAUUUUGCUACUACAUCAAAGCCGUGUCCAAAGAUGCUUCGGGCUUGGAGAUGGAACUCAAACGCUUGGAUGACUAUCUGCGUAAGAAUGAUUAUCGAUUCCUGGCCGGCAACUCGCUUUCCCAUCUGGAUUGCGAGAUCCUGCCCAAAUUGCAUCACAUGAGGGUGGCAGCCUUGAAACUCAAGAGGUUCGAAUUUCCCACCCAGUGCAGCGGCAUUUGGCGCUAUCUCAACAACGCUUAUAACAACGAGUUCUUCCAAAAAUCCUGUCCACCCGACCAGGAGAUCAUUCUUCAUUGGGCGGACCGACCCGACACGCCCAAUCUCAGCUACGAGGAGCAUUCCAUCCUGACCAGGAACACGCCCCGGUUCUCCUUCGACGUUCCAGCUAUCGCAAUGCCUGUGAACUUAAAGUGAAAACUAGAUGUCUAGGAAUGAAAAUGUACGAAAGAUGAAUGUAACCAGGCACAAGAGACUAGUCAGUGAUGCGCAAAUAAAUACAUGUUUUUAUAAUUUUA